AAAUAUGCGAAGACCGUAAACUUUUACAUAUUCUCUAAGCAAGUAGCAAUAAACCAAAGGACUUUGCCCACUGAUGGGGUGUUAAAUGUAACGUGAGAGGCUCAAGUGACUUGUGAGACAGAAUACAUGCUGUGCGGUGCUGUGAUUCAUAGAGGAGAAUGAAGAGUGCCAGGCUACGCUAAGAAGACUGAACAUGGAGGUGAAGAGCAGCUUGAGGAGAGCUCAGUCCCUGAAAAAUGUCUCCCCAGGUCAUGUCAGGUCAUGGACAGAAGCAGGCUUGUGGGACAGGAGGAAGUCUGUCUCUCAACUUGUGGCACAGUAUCAAACCUCACUGGACCCAGGAACGACCAGUCAGGCAGAAACACAAAAAGAUGCCACUGAUGGAGAUUUACCUCAGUUGGAAAAUAUUUCAUCUGCCAGAAAUGAGACGCCAACUGCACUGGAAGCACUUUUGAAGAGAAAUGUGUUGAGAAAGUAUCAAUGGGAACAGUCACCUCACGGUGAAGGUGCAAAGCUCUCCCGUAGUCGAUCCAUGGAGAAUCUCCCGAGACAUAGACCUGGGAGCAUCAGUGCUUUACGAGCUCUGUUUGAGUCCAAGGCUGUUUUGAAACAAAAAACCAGCAGCGCAAAUGUUUCAAACAAGACCAUAGUGACCCCAACUGUCAAUGGGAAUGUAGAGAUAGAGAUGUUAGCAGAGAACUCAAAAACCCAGAGUCUUCCCACUACUGUGGACAAAGUGGAGGAGGUUGGUCAAAAGGACAUUAAUAUGGUUCAGUCCAAUAGAAGAAGGACAAUAAGUGGUAUAUCUCUUGAAAAAUCAGGAGGCCAAGACGAUGAGAAGAGGAGGUCUCUAGUAGACCACAAAGAUUUCAGUUCAGUCUACGGACAAGAAAAACCAUCAGCUUCCGUAAAAGCCUUGUCUGCUCUCUAUUUGUCGAAAUUAGCAGCUGUGGAGUCCAAGGGGCACUCCAUAAAACCUGAUUGUGCAGCCCAAGAUCACAUGCUUUCUCCUGUCAAGAAAAACACAGCCAGCAAGUUCCAGAUACCCACAAAGGAACUGUGUUCUGCGUGUUUGAAACCCGUCUAUCCAAUGGAAAAAACUGUGGCUGAUAAAUUCAUCUUCCACAACAACUGUUUCUGUUGUAAACACUGUAAAAAGAAGCUGAGCAUUCUCAAUUAUGCACCUCUAUACGGAGAGUUCUACUGCAUGUUCCAUUAUCAGCAACUGUUCAGAACUAGAGGAAACUAUGACGAGGGAUUUGGCCAUAAACAGCACAAGGACCGCUGGCUUCAGAGAACCAAAGAGAGGAUUUCUGACAAUGAAAAAGAUCACAAAGAACCUCAGCUACUAUCUAAGGCUUCCGAUAUGGACAUGGAGUUCUCUGCUGAAUGUACUUCUCCCUAGGUAUUGCUUGCGGAAGACCAUUCAGGACAUCAAAAUCACUUCAGUAAUCCAUCUGAUGUUGUCAUGUACCUUACUGUGCUUAGAAAUGUAAAAACCCAUGCUAAAUUGUAGAGAAAUUUUUAUUUGGUGAACCGCACAUACCCUGCCAUUGAAUUAUAUCUUAGGUAGAAUAACUAUAUAUGUGUAUACAUUUUAUUUUUAAUGAUUCUUUUAUUUUAAUCUCAUGUUUUUAUCCUUUCUUGCUUGAAUGGUGUCAAAAUAUUAUUAUAAAUCUGCCAUUUUGACACGGCCUUAAAAAAAAAAGUAUUACGUACCCAUACCCAUGAAUGUCAUUAAAUAUCUGAAAGGUGUGGGGGUGGGACUGGAUAAAACAAAAUACUCAUUUGAUUAAUUUUUUUUUUUAUCAAGGCUAGUUUUCCAUAUAUUGGUGCUUGAUUUGAUUAAUGUGAACACAUCCUGAUGUGAUUCAAUUUGAAGUAUGAUCACAAUAUUUUUUCUUUUUACUGUCAGUCAGUAAAUAAAAUUGCACAAAGAUGAUAUA